UCAUCGAUUUGGAUGAUUGGGAAUUACUAUUUGAUUUGGUCAAGGACCAGUCUUAUUAUAUUAGAUCUCUGUUUAUAUUGCCACUUAUGUAAAGCAUCACUUCGUGAUUAAUCGUGAUUGCAGCAUUGAUCGAUUUAUUGGGUUUUAUUAAUCUUCGAAACUGGAAUAAUAAGAUAAGAUCUGCACCUUGUUGUAAUCUUCAGAAUCCUAAAUUUGGACGAUUCUACAGUAAAGAAAUGGAAGUCCGCGGAGGUUAAAACUCAUAAGGCUAUGGGCUUGUCAGGUGCUUGGGCAAUGAGUGAGGGGAAAAGCACUUCAGGAAACUUGAACUUUCAUAUAGGGUUGACGAAUCUGAGUUAUAGUGCAGUAGGAGAAAGUGGUAUGGACAUUGAAUCUGAUAACCAUAGAAAACCGUUGGCCUUUACAGCUCAAAUGAUCCGAUUCACAACAUCUUUUAUGCCUUGGUCUUGUAGAAUUCCCAUUAGUGAAGGAUUUUAUGAAUUUUUGUAAUUAGAAACCCAGAUUCUAUUUGUUGCAUUGAUACUUGUCUUCCUGAGACAUUUUUUAUUCACGAAAAUUGUGGUGCCAAAAUUCCUAUAACCUGUGACUUGGGAAAGAUGCCGGGUCCUAUUUCUGUGAAGAGAUUCAAAGAAUCAGAUAUGUUCUCUGACUCUUUCCAGCUAGAUACUCCAACUGCAAAAGGUGGUUCUGUCUUAGUUCCCGAAGCUGUUAAUGCUAAAACCAAAUCGUUCUUAAUUUCUGAGGUUGAUGAUGAUUAUCAUAGUCCCAUCUUGCCUGGGUUACCCGAUGAUGUUUCUAAGCACUGCCUUGCUCUUGUUCCCCGUUCUGAUGUUCCUGUCAUGGGUGCUGUCUCCAAGCGAUGGAGAUCCUUUGUCAAAAGCAGAGAGUUCAUCACUGUCCGUAAACUAGCUGGAAUGCUUGAGGAAUGGCUGUAUGUCCUGACUGUAGACGCUGAAGGAAAAGAGAGCCACUGGGAGGUUCUUGAUUGUUUUGGACAUAAACGGCAGGAACUUGUGCCUAUGCCUGGGCCUGCUAAAACAGGCUUCGGCGUAGUUGUUCUGAAUGGAAAGCUUAUGGUCCUUGCUGGGUACUCUAUCAGUGAUGGCAAUGCUCUUGUUUCAUCAGAUGUUUACCAAUACGAUUCUUGCCUCAACAGCUGGAGGAAACUAGCUAAUAUGAAUGUGGCACGCUAUGACUUUGGCUGUGCCGAAGUUAAUGGGAUGACCUACGCAGUUGGAGGAUGUGGGAUGGAUGGGGAAUCUCUCUCGUCUGUCGAGGUAUACGACCCUGAAGCUGACAAGUGGACAAUGAUCGAGAGUCUGCGACGCCCCAGAUGGGGCUGCUUCGCCUCUGGCUUCGAGGGGAAGCUCUACAUCAUGGGUGGAAGGUCCACCUUCACCAUUGGAAACUCAAGGUUCAUUGACGUGUACAGCCCCGAUAGCCACACGUGGUCCCAGAUGAAAAAUGGGUGUGUUAUGGUCACUGCUCACGCCGUGCUCGGGAAGAAGCUGUGCUGCAUGGAAUGGAAAAAUCAGCGUAGGUUGGCAAUUUACAACCCCACGGACAAUUCAUGGAAGAUGGUACCAGUGCCAGUGACCGGAAGCUCAAGCAUUGGGUUUCGUUUUGGGAGCUUGGAUGGCAAACUCUUGCUGUUCUCGGCAGAGGAGGAUCCUGGGUACCACACGCUGUUAUAUGACCCGAACGCUGCACCAGGCUCCGAGUGGCAGACUUCUGAGAUAAAGCCGGUGGGGCCGUGCUUAUGCAGCGUUACGAUUGAGGCAUGAGUAGUUGGAUUGAACCUCCAUUUUCAUCUCAUUUGAUUUUACUUUUUGAUGCAAGUUGAAGUUUGUCUACUCUUUUGAUUAAUGGAAACAUCACAAGGGAUCUUUUGUUCCAGUUGUGGAAGACUGUAAUUUGUCUUACUUUGGUUUGGAUGUGAUGACUCGCAAUUAGGUUGGCAUUACUAAUAUUAAAUAUGGUUUCUCA